ACGGAUCUUUACUUUGAAAGCUGAGACCGGAAGCUGUCGGUGUGACUGUGUUUUCUUGGUCUCGGAUGCUGAAGCCUGUAGCUUUCUGACUCUCACUGCAGCCGGAUUACACGGAGCGCUUCAAUAAGCCUUAAUUUUCCAACGACAACAUUUUUACCACUCUGGAGAAUCAGAUGAUGCUUCAUGGAAACAUCACCUGACGACUUUUCCUUCGUCUGUCAUAGUAUAAUAACAGAUAGCCAGCUGAAAAACUAUUCUUAAUAUUGUGCUGCUUUCUGUUCUUUGCCGUGAGCAGCUGAGUUACGCAUGGUGCUGUGAUAACGUUGUCUUGCUGGAACCGUAAGGAGCGCAGACACACGACACACGGGCGUACGGAGCGCUGCGUGAUGGAUAAUGCUCACACGAAGACGGUGGAGGAGGUUUUGGGCUUCUUCAGCGUAAAUGAGUCCACAGGUCUGAGCUGCGAGCAGCUGAAGAAGAACAGGGAGAGAUGGGGACCCAAUGAAUUGCCAGCUGAAGAGGGGAAGUCACUCUGGCAACUGGUCCUGGAGCAGUUUGAGGAUCUGUUGGUGCGAAUCUUGCUGCUGGCUGCGUGCAUCUCCUUUACCCUGGCUUGGUUCGAAGAAGGGGUCGGGACAAUCACAGCCUUUGUUGAACCCUUAGUCAUCCUCCUCAUCCUCAUCGCCAAUGCCAUUGUAGGAGUGUGGCAGGAGCGCAACGCAGAGAAUGCCAUUGAGGCCCUGAAGGAGUACGAGCCAGAGAUGGGCAAGGUGUACCGACAGGACAAGAAAAGUGUCCAGAGAGUCAGAGCCCGAGACAUUGUUCCUGGAGACAUCGUGGAAGUCGCUGUCGGUGAUAAGGUCCCAGCUGACAUCAGGCUGACGUCCAUCUGUUCCACCACUCUGAGGGUGGACCAGUCCAUUCUGACCGGGGAGUCUGUGUCAGUGCUCAAACACACAGACCCUGUACCAGAUCCUCGAGCUGUCAACCAGGACAAGAAGAACAUGCUCUUCUCUGGUACCAACAUUGCAGCGGGGCGAGCCAUUGGGGUUGUCGUGGCGACAGGGGUGCAGACAGAGAUUGGGAAAAUCCGAGAUGAGAUGGCCUCCACCGACCCUGAAAGGACCCCGCUACAACAGAAACUUGACCAGUUUGGAGAACAGCUGUCUAAGGUCAUCAGUGUGAUCUGUGUGGCAGUGUGGGCCAUCAAUGUGGGACACUUCAAUGACCCGGUGCAUGGAGGCAGCUGGCUGAGAGGAGCCGUUUACUACUUCAAGAUUGCUGUCGCACUGGCUGUAGCUGCCAUACCAGAAGGCCUCCCAGCAGUCAUCACCACCUGCCUGGCACUGGGAACCAGGAGGAUGGCCAGGAAGAACGCCAUCGUCCGCAGUCUGCCGUCAGUGGAGACGUUGGGUUGUACCUCUGUCAUCUGCUCUGACAAGACAGGAACGCUGACCACUAACCAGAUGUCAGUCUGCAGGAUGUUUGUUGUAGACAGUGUGUCGGGAGAGCGCUGCAGACAGAGCGAGUUCACAGUGACUGGAUCUACUUACGCCCCUGAAGGGGAAGUUUAUAAAGAUGGCUCAGUGGUGAAGUGCAGUCAGUAUGAGGGCCUGGUGGAGAUGGCCUCCAUCUGCGCACUGUGCAAUGACUCAUCACUGGACUACAAUGAGGCAAAGGGUGUAUAUGAGAAGGUGGGGGAGGCAACAGAGACCGCCCUCUGCUGUCUAGUGGAGAAAAUGAAUGUGUUCGACACAGACCUGAAAGGACUGAGCCCUGCUGAGCGAGCUACAGCGUGUUGCUCUGUGAUUAAGCAGCUGAUGCGGAAGGAGCUGACGCUGGAGUUUUCCAGAGACAGGAAGUCCAUGUCUGUCUUCUGUUUGUCCAACAAACUCACCAGGUCUGCUUCUGGAGCCAAGAUGUUUGUCAAGGGAGCUCCAGAGAGCGUGUUGGAGCGGUGCAGUCAUAUCCGGGUCAGCGGCUCUGCUCGCGUUCCAAUGAGUCCGGCAGUUCGAGAGCAGCUCCUGUCCACUCUGCGGGAAUGGGGAUCGGGCCGAGACAUGCUGCGUUGCCUCGCCAUGGCAACCAGGGACACACCCCCUGACAUCCACUCUCUCAAACUGGAGAACUCAGCUGCCUUUGCUGGUUAUGAGACGGACCUGACCUUUGUGGGCUGUGUGGGCAUGUUGGACCCCCCCAGGAAAGAGGUUCUUAGUGCAGUCCGAAUGUGUCGGCAGGCUGGCAUAAGAGUCAUCAUGAUCACAGGUGACAACAAAGGGACGGCCCUGUCCAUCUGUCGCAGGGUAGGCAUCAUCACAGAGCAGGAAGAGGAGCAUGAGGGCGCAGGGCUCAUCGGGGGCCUGACGGGGCGGGAGUUUGACGAGCUGCCCCCUCACAUGCAACGCCAGGCCUGCAGGACGGUACGCUGCUUCGCCCGGGUGGAGCCGGCGCACAAGAGCCGUAUAGUGGAGUAUCUGCAGAGCUUGAACGACAUCACUGCUAUGACAGGUGAUGGGGUGAACGACGCGCCAGCUUUGAAGAAAGCGGAGAUCGGCAUUGCGAUGGGCAGCGGCACGGCGGUGGCCAAGUCAGCCUCUGAGAUGAUCCUGGCUGAUGACAACUUCUCCACCAUCGUGGCUGCAGUGGAGGAGGGCAGAGCCAUUUACAACAACAUGAAACAGUUCAUCAGAUACCUGAUAUCGUCCAACAUAGGAGAGGUGGUCUGUAUUUUCUUGACAGCCGCACUGGGCAUGCCUGAAGCGCUGAUCCCAGUCCAGCUGCUAUGGGUCAACUUGGUCACUGACGGUUUCCCAGCAACAGCUCUGGGCUUCAACCCUCCAGACCUGGACAUCAUGUCCCGCCCUCCCCGCUCCCCCAAAGAGCCUCUGAUCUCCAGUUGGUUGUUCUGUCGCUACCUCAUCAUCGGAUGUUAUGUGGGAGCAGCCACUGUCGGAGCUGCUGCCUGGUGGUUUAUGGCAGCCCACGACGGACCCAAACUUUCCUUCUAUCAACUGUCUCACUACCUGCAGUGCCGUGAAGGCCAUGUCGAGUUUGCUGGUGUGCAGUGUUCAGUCUUUGAGUCCCCUUAUCCCAUGACUAUGGCCCUGUCCGUGCUGGUUACCAUAGAGAUGUGUAACGCCUUAAACAGUCUUUCAGAGAACCAGUCUCUGCUGAAAAUGCCUCCCUGGUCAAACCCCUGGCUGGUGGGGGCCAUCUGUCUGUCCAUGGCCCUACACUUCCUCAUUCUAUAUGUAGACCCACUGCCGGUGAUUUUCCAGAUACGCCCUCUGUCAUGGCCUCAGUGGGUGGUGGUGUUGAAGAUGUCACUUCCUGUCAUCUUGAUGGACGAGGCUCUGAAGUUCCUGGCCCGCAACUACAUCGAGCCGGGAAGCCAGAUCCAGUCACUGGAGGAGGAAGAGGAGCUGCAGAGGACAGGGGCUAGUGUGGGACUGGUCGGUGCCAUGAUGACAAGGCUGCGUCUGACAGUUAAGGGUGUGUCCUGGUCGUUUGUCCUGAUCUCUGCACCACUGCUGAUCUGGAUCUUCAGUCUGGACUCUGACAUCACCAACAUCUUCUGGGAGUGA